CUGAAUGUUGCUGUAGUUGUGUUUGUAUAGGGCAUCCAUUUUAUUAAAAUUUAAGCCACACGUAAAAAGUGUCUUGCCCAAGGACUCGUCAUCCAUGCGACCCCUGCAGCAGUGGUGUAGCCAGUGUUUGACGAGGGGGUGCUAAAUAUAAUUUAUAAAAGUCAGCAAACUGGUUUUCGGAAAACUUGGUUCACCGAACUGGGUUUCGGCAAACUGGAAUUCAUGGUUUUUGAGCCGGCAAUUCGGCAAACUAGGUUUCGGCAAAGUGAACUCGGCAGUCUGGCCUUCGGCAAACUGAGUUUUGACAAGCUGGCCUCGAUCCGACAUUUGAAUACUACCGUCUUAUUUUCUUAACAGAUACGGUACUUAAUGAAAAUGGCAGCUAAAAAAAUGGAUUUAUAUGGGCUGUCAGAACUACAAUAUGAUUCCUUCGAAUUCGGAAUAAAAAUUGGGAAAGGCUCAUCAGGUAUUGUGUAUGAGGGUAGAUGGAAGAGUCAAAGCGAUUUUCCAGUUGCGAUUAAACAGCUUAAUAAUAUUAAAGAAAUUGAAUUUGCUACGUUGUAUAAAAUUAAAGAAGACCGUAAACAAAAGGAAUUGUUCAUCGGUCACCAUUUUAUUACAAAGGUUGUUGGGGUCAUUCACAAUGAUGGGUAUUAUAUCGUCAUGGAAUAUGUCGCUAACGGCUCAUUGCAUAGUUAUUUAAGUAAUAAAAGAGAACAACAGCAGAAAGUUGACAUGAAGAAAUUCCUCACAUGGACUCGCCAAGGUGCUUAUGCGAUACAAUAUCUUCACUCUCUUGAUAUAAUUCACCGGGAUAUAAAAUCACUAAAUGUUCUGAUUACGAAUAAAGAUAACUUAAAAAUUUGCGACUUUGGAAUUUCUCGUAUCACUGAUGAAACGAUUGACACAACGAACUCUAUCGGAUCAAAACCAUGGAUGGCACCUGAAAAUUUGGAACCUAAUGCAAAACUUUCAAAGCGCUCAGAUAUCUACGCGUAUGGUGUUGUAAUUUGGGAAAUGUGGACUUGUGAAUCUCCGAUAAAGAAGCGAAUGGAUAAUUGGACAUACCCACUUGAUGAUAGGACACCAACGGAGCUUCAGCAACUGCUUCUAAAGUGCUGGGAAAAAGAGAGAGACAAAAGACCUUCAGUACUUGAAAUCUUGGAAGUCACGAAGACCUUGGCUCGUAACGAGAAUAUUGACGUUCAAGAUUUUAUGAACGAGCCAGAUAGCAGACCUAUGCCAGAUGGAAGAGGAGAUGUGGUACCUGAAGAACAGCAAUUACCACAGGCAAAAAAUCCUAACAAAAGGCUCACAGAAAAGCAUUUGAAUAACAUUUCGGGGGAACUUCGUGGUGACUGGGAAGGCGUUGCUCGAAGCUUGGGAGUCACAUCAGUAGAGAUCGAUCAUGCUAAGAAAGAGAACGAAACUAUACGCGAGAAGAUCUUUGCCGCAUUUAACAAAAUGCGGAAACGCAAGUCAUCUAAGACAGAUUUUGUUAGAAUCGGCGAUGUUAUCAAAGCCUUCCAGGAAGAACGAGUAGAUAUAUCAGUGUACGGAUUUCUUCUACAAGAAUAAAACAGUAAAAUAAUAUCUCUCCUGAAGUUAGAUCACUUACCAGUAGCUUACCGUCAAAGGAAACAAGGUACUACACUGCAUACACCAGCCAAAAUAAUUAUAACUCUAUGCACUAGCUAAAAUUCAAAGAUAAUUUAUUUACUGCGUCUUUUCCCGUUUUCUUGGUUUUCACAAUUCAUCGAAUGGCUAACCAAUUAUUAAUCCCAUUUAUUUUAGGUCCCAUAAUAAUAUUAAUUACCCUUAGCCUCUUGAAAUAUUAAUAAUUAAUAUUGUGUUUAUUACUCGAGCCAAACUAGAGUUGUUUUUCAAGUUUUAAAAAAAUUUGGUGGUUUGUACGAAGCUUUGAACCCGACAUUCUGGGAAGGCAAGUAUGGUGUCUAACCACCAAGAACUGCUCUACUUGCGCAUAUGUGUGUGUUAAAGGUUAAGAAAUAUCAAUUUAACCUCAGAAUAUUAUGCUUAUUCAUAUUCCAAACAUGCUUUAUGAUCGGACCUGUUAAUGAUAGGCUAUAUUAAUUUUGUUUUUGGCUUGACGUUCGACGUGCAUUAUGUGAAGUUUUUUUGUUUGGGGAAUAUUUUUGUGUUAAGUAUUCUUUUUCAAAGAAUUAUGCUUUACUGAAAAUGAUUAAUUAUGUAAUAACAUUGUAUUUGAUGAGUCAUAGAAUUUAGUUUAUGAAGUUUUUUAGUUCACAUGUGGAAAUUGAUGUUCAAAUUGGAACAAGUAUAAUUCGCUAGAAAAACAUGUAUUCAAAUCUGUAAAUAUAUUUGGUUUAAAAAAAUGGGACAUUUAGUAUUGAAACUUAGAAAAUGUUGUUGCUCUUCGAUCUGGCGGCCACAACAGAGCCUAAUUAAACUCGUGCAUCUUGUGUAUGUAUAUAUGUAUGUUUUCUUGUGAAAGGGAUUGCCAUCUAUAUAAGUACUAUAGCGAUACAUUUGCUAUUGGCAAUCCUUGGCCCAUGGGCCCAAAUAAUUAUUUAAAAACAAGAGUUGUGAACAUCAGAAGAUCCUGUUUUAGUCCUAGCCCCUGAGUAAAGUUACUGGUCUUGGAACAACCA